AUGGAACAGAAAGUCUUUGCAGUUCAAGGGAUGACCUGCACCACAUGCUCAAAUACCCUUUUUAAGUAAACUUUACCUUAGUGCCCUAUCCAAACUCCCAUCUGUCAAGCAUGUCGCUGUCUGUCUUCUCAGUGAAAAGGUUCUCGUCAAAGGCAGUAAUCUCAAGCCUGAUGAAAUCAUUGAUAUGAUCGAGAACCUUGGCUUCGAAGUAAGCAAUAUUUAGGGCAAUGAAAUCAAAGAAGCCCACAUCUUAGAUGGAGAAGUCACUUUUGAGCUUGUCGGAGACUACCCGUCACAAGCUUCCCAAAGUGAAAUUUGUGCAGCUUUAAAAAAGAAAAAUGGAAUCACAGAUAUCGAGUUUCUCGAAAACCCAAAUUUAGUCAAAAUCGUAUAUGCCUAGAUUAUUUAGUCAUAAAAAAAUAAUUUAAUUAUUAAAAAAAUGAUAUUAAUAAGGCAAAGUAUAUACAGCAGAAGCACUGAAGGCGAGAGAAAUUUCUUAUUUCCUUGGAGAAAUAACACAAAAGAAAAUAAGUGUGUAUAAUGAAAAUACAAGAAAAGGGGAUUUAAUUGAAAAACAGCAGAAAACAAUGAAGAUGUGGAUGAAGGAAUUUUUGCUGAGCUUGAUUUUUACAGUCCCGAUUUUUGUGCUGGGGAUGAUUAUUUCACAUGUUGUGGAUAGCGAAGAUUUGACUUCAGGGAAGGUUGGGGAUAAGCUCCCGACUUACAAUUUAUAUCUAAAUAUACUGAAAACUGACUUUUUUUAAGUGUCUUUUUUUUUUAGAAAAAAAAUAUACUGAAUGGGCAUAAUUAUGUGGAUUUUAGCCACACCUGUCCAAUUUUGGUUCGGGUCAAGAUUUUAUAGAGGAGGCUACGAGUCUUUGAAAAAUGGGGUCGCCAAUAUGGAUGUACUAAUUGCACUCGGGACAUCUGCUGCAUAUGCCUAUGGCUCAUUUAUGAACAGUUACUAUGCAUCCAAUUAUCAAACUGAGACCAGUAUGCAAUAUAUUGAAGCUUCUCAUAGUUUUGAGACUUCAGCGCUAUUAAUUUCUAUCAUUUUAUUAGGAAAAUACCUUGAAAGCAGAUCAAAGCAUAAAACUACAGACGCCAUCACAAAGCUAGCAAGCCUACAGACCUCAAGCGCAAUUUUAUUAGAAAAUGGCUCUGAAAAAGAAGUAGAUAUAGCGCUAUUAGAAAUUGGGAAUAUUGUAAAAGUGUACCCAGGCGCCUCAAUACCUGUAGAUGGAGCUGUUAUAGAAGGCGACGCAUGGGUAAACGAGUCAAUGAUGACUGGCGAAAGCUCCCUCGUCCACAAAACCAAAGGGUCAUAUGUAUAUGGAGGGACUAUGAACAACACUGGGGUCAUGCAUGUAGAAAUCAAAAAACUUGGCAAAGACUCUGAAUUGUCGAAAAUUAUUGAAUUAGUCGAAAAUGCCCAAUCCACAAAACCAGCUAUCCAAGCUUAUGCGGACAAAAUUUCUAAAGUUUUUGUACCUUGUGUGAUGCUUUUUGCUAUCAUAACUUGAAGUAUAUGAUUUGCCUUAGUUUACAGCGAAAACCGCGAUGUCAUAAAUAUGAUGAAAGAUAUGGAAGAAAGCAAAUUCGUUUUUGCGUUUAAAUUCGGGAUCUCAGUACUUGUCAUUGCGUGUCCAUGUGCUUUAGGACUUGCCGUUCCUACUGCUGUUAUGGUCGCAACUGGCGUUGCGACUCGUUAUGGAAUUUUAAUAAAAGAUGGAGAAAGUCUAGAAAAUGCUGCAAGGAUAAAAACCGUGGUUUUUGAUAAAACAGGGACUUUGACAUAUGGAAAACCAAAAGUUAAAGAGUUCAGGAUGGUCUCAGAAAGUCUUAAAGAAGCAGAAGCAAAAGAGCUAAUAGCGGCUGUUGAAGCAAAUAGUGAGCAUCCUGUAGCUAAAGCUAUAUGUGAGCUUACAGAUAAUAUUAAAAAAUGCCAAAAUUUCAAAAAUAUUGAUGGAGAAGGGGUCACUGGAAUUGUAAAUAUUUUAUUAAUUUAUCUAAAAAAAUUAUUAAAAAAUGAAUUGAAAAAAAUUUUAAAUUUCUAUCAAAUUUACCAUGAAAAAAUUGCAUACUACAAAAAAAUGUUCCAUUCAAAUGACACGAACCAAGAAUUGUAGACAAUCUGGAAGUUUGUAUAGGAAAUACUCGGCUUAUGAACAGAUUCGAGGUAGAAAUUGAUAGACAUCUUGAUGAAAGAAAAGAAAAACUUGAAUAUGAAGGCUGCACCGUUGUUUUUGCUGCUGUAAAUAAGCAAGUUGUCAGUCUAAUUGCAUUAGAAGAUCAAGAUUUGGUAAGACCUGAAGCUCCUUCUGUAAUUAAAGAGCUGAAAAGGCUUGGUUAUAAUGUAUGAAUGAUCACAGGAGACAAUCAAAGAUGCGCAAAUAAGGUCGCUGAAGCUAUAGGGAUUCCUUUGUCAAAUGUUCUUGCAAAUUGUCAUCCAGUUGGCAAAAAAUCAAAAGUAGAAGAACUUCAAUACCAAAAUUCAAACAAAAAACAAAAUAUUCCAAAAAUAGCUAUUUAAUGCUCAGAAUAAAUACUAUUUUAAUGCAUUUUUAAAUAAAAUUAUAUAUAAUUAUAAGGUAUAAUAAAACUUACAUAUCAACAAAUGGCAUAGAAGACCCAUUACUUGGCUCUGAGAAAAAAAUAUAUGGCGGUGUAUUAUUUGUUGGGGAUGGGAUAAAUGACUCUCCUUCACUUGCACAAGCUGAUAUUGGGAUCGCUAUUGGAGGAACUGAUAUUGCAAUUGAGUCAGCUAGCAUUGUGCUGCUGAAAAAUGAUCUCAAAGAUGUCUUAAUUGCCUUAGACUUGACUUCUGUAGCACUGACUCCCCCCCUUUAAAUUGGAACUAAAAAAUUUCGUUCCAAUUUAAAGGGGUUAAGAAAAUUUUUUUUAAAAAAAAAAUCAUUAUAAAAUUUUCUAUAAUAAAAAAAAAUUUUUUAAAAUUUAUCGAAUUAGAUUAAUAAAUUUGUUUAAUAAAAUGCUAUUUACUCUUUAUCCUUUUAAAACAAAGCAAGAUAUAACUAAGAUUUUAUUAUUAAUUAAUACGCCACUAUUAAUUGGUAUCAAAACUAUUUACACAAAAAUUAUUUAUUUUUAUUGAUAACAAAAAAAUUAAAAACAAAAAUUUUACUCCCCCCCCAUCCUUGAUCGAACGAUUGACUGUAAAAAUCCCUAAAAAAUUGGGGAAAUUAACCCCCAUCCUUGAUCGAACGAUUUCAUAUCAUGCAAAUUUUUUAUAUAUAUAAAAAUAUAAUAGUUAUCAAAAGCUUGGGAAGAUGUAACUAAUGAAGUUGUUUUCAGAGACUUUGAGACGAUAGAAAGCUUCGAAAUCAACCAUUCAAAGUAAUUUAGUCAUCAACAUGGGCUUAAAAACUCAAUAAUCUAAUAAAAUAGAGAUUUUUUUAAAAUUUAAAAACAACAAAUUUUAAUUUAAUAAGUAACAAAUUAAAAUUUAUACAGUUUAAAGGGGUAACUAAUAAAUUAAAAUAUAAAAAAUUGGUAUUUUUAUGAAAUUAAUUCAAUUUUUUGCUGUAAAAAUAAUUAUUAAAUACUCUUAACCCUCUUAUUUAAAAGUAAAUAAAAAAAAAUUUAUAUAUAUAUUUUAUUUUAUAUAUACAAUUUUUUCCCAAAAAAUUUUUUUUAACCCCCAUCCUUGAUCGAACGAUGGCGAGUCGUUCGAUCAAGGAUGGGGGGGGGAGUUAGAAAAUUUAUUAAUCAAAGUGCUAAUUUUGUUUAAAUAAGAUGCUAUUUAUACUCUAUUCUUUAAAAUAAAGCAAGAGAUAACUAAAUUUUGAAUUUUUAUAAAGAAUUCGUAUUGAAUUUAUAUCAAAGCUAUUUAAAUAAAAAAUAUCAUUUUUAUCCAAAAAAAUAAAAAUUUUUUUUGAAAAUUUUUUUUAAAAAUUUACAAUUAAGGAUAAUAAAUUUAUUUAAAUAAGAUGCUCUUUAUACUCUAUUCUUUAAACAAGAGCAGGAUAUAACUAAAUUUUUAAUUUUAGUUAAGAAGAAACAUUUAAAUUAUUAUAUCAAAACCUUUUACAUAAAAAUUAUAAUUUAUAUAUAUAAAAUUUUUAUUAUAAAAUUAAAUUUUGUUCCAAUUUAAAGGGGGGUUAAUUUACCAAAAAAGUGGAAAUUUUACCUAUAUUUUGUUCCAAUUUAAAGGGGGGGGGGGAGUGAGAAGAAUUAAAUACAACUUUUUCUGGGCAUUUAUAUAUAAUAUCAUAGGAAUUCCUUUAGCAGCUGGAAUUAUAUACAUGUGGACUGGGGUUUAUAUAGAUUCUAUUAUAGCUGCAGCCACGAUGGCUUGCUCUUCUAUUGCAGUCAUUUUAUCAUCACUAUGGCUUAACAGAUACAAGCCGCCACAAUAUCAUAUAUUUUUUAUGAUAAAUUAACUUUAAUUUUUCUUUGAAAAAAAAAUAAAAAAACUCAUCAGGAAUUGUAUAAUUAG